AUGUUAAUAGAUACAAGAUGCCAUGCAAAUGAAGAAGAGAACUCUCAAAAUGAUGAUGACGACAGUGAUAUUCCUUUCGACUUGAUUGAAAUAAUUUUGGGACAACUUUUACUAAAAUUGCGUGACCGAGACAAUUUGGUUAGAUGGACAAGUGCUAAAGGAAUUGCUAGAAUAUGUGCUCGAAUUCCUUUGGAGAUGGCAGCCCAAGUCGUCUCAUCAAUUUUUAAAGACAUUUUUGACGACAAAACAGACUCAAAUGUUGCCAGUUCUUGGAUGGGUGGAUGUUUGGUAUUAGCUGAACUUUGUCGUCGUGGAUGUCUUUUGCCUGAACAAGUUCCAAAAGCUAUUUCACUCGUACUUUCACGUUCUCUUAUUUUUGAUUCAAACCAAUUUGGUAGUGUGCUAGCUUUAAAUAUUAGAGAUGCUUCUUGUUAUAUAUGUUGGGCAUUUGCUAGGGCUUACGAGGCAAAAUUUCUUCGACAACAUUUAAAACCUCUUGCUGGAACUUUACUUUCAGUUGCUUUAUUUGAUCGAGAAGUUAAUGUUAGAAGGGCGGCUAGUGCUUCAUUUCAAGAAAAUGUUGGCCGUAACGAUUCCUUUCCUCAUGGCAUUCCGGUACUUCAAUUGAUCGAUUUUGGUGAAAUUGCAAGAAUAAGGCACUGCUAUUUGGAAAUAUCUGUUGAGGUUGCUUCAUUCCCAGAAUAUGUCCAGCCAAUGCUUGAUCAUUUAGUUGAGUUGAAAUGCCGACAUUGGGAUGAAUCUAUAAGAGAAUUGGCUGCUGAAGCUUUACAAAAAUUGGCCCCUUUUGAUUUUGAAUAUUCCGAAAAUGAGUUACUUCCAAAAUUAUUUAAAAGAUUAAAUUCUUUGGAUUUAAAUGAAAAACAUGGGGCGUUUUUUGCUGUUGCUGGGUUAAUCGAAGCUUUGUCUUCUCGAAGGGAACAAGUGCUCAAAAAAUAUUCAGCUUUAUUAUUCGAUGCAAUUAAUGUCAAUUCAAUCCAAUUAAAUGAUCAUCGCAAAAAAGGUUUUUCGCUUAAUGCAAAAUCGUUGUGUAGAAUUAUUCGAGCUCUAUGUACUAUUGAAUGUGUUUUGGAUGUUGAACAGCUCAAUAAAUUUCACAAUAUUUUGGAUGCUGUAAUUGGUGAAGAAAACAAUCAAUUAUCAAUUUAUGCCCAACAAGCAUUUCCUAGUUUAAUGGCUUAUUAUAGAGGAAAUAAUCUUGAUCAAUUAUUGAAUAGGCUGAAAAAUAAAUAUUUUCCUGAGAUUGAAAAAUCAAACCAAACAACAGAAUCACUUUGUUGUUGCAAUAUUCGUCCACUUGCAUUUUUAUUACCUGAAUUUUUGGAUAUUAAUUUUGAUUAUAAAGAAGAAAAAGAAUUAUCAUUAUUAAAUAUGGUAAUUGAAAAAUUAAUUGUAGUUAUUCUCGACCAAAAAACACCAAAAUGGGUAUUUGCAAGAGUUGCUGCAAUAGAAACUUUAGUUACAGUUUUAAUAAAUCUCUCUACAUCAUCUUCAAAAAAUUUAUUAUAUUCUCAAAAAAUUUGUUGGCAAAAAAUAUUUGAUUCUUUAAAUAAAACAAGUGAUGAUUACACAACAACAACAAAUGGAAAUAUUGGAAGAUUUUGUAGAAGGGCGGCAAUUGAAGGAAUUGGGGAAUUGUUGCCUUUAAUAGUUAAUGAAGAAGGGAAAAUUUUAAUUUUACAAGAACAAUUAAAUUUAUCUAUUGGAAAAGUUAUUGAGAGAGCUUGUGAAUCUAUUGAUGAUUUACGUCAGAAAGCAAGUAAUGUACUUACAAAAUUGGUAACUUCAAUUGAUGGCAAUAAUCAUUCAUUAUACUUAAAUAUUCAAGAAUUUAAUUUACUUGAAAAAAUAUUUUAUUUAAAAAAAGAAGACAAAAAUAAUAAAGAAUUUUCAAGUAAAGAUUGGUUAACUUCUAAAGGUUUUGAACGGCUAUCUUUAUUAUUAAAUUCGACAACGUAUGGUAAUUUUGCAUUGUCUGGAUUUGUGCUAUCUGCUGGAAGUGUUUGUGCUUGGACAAUGGAAAAUGCAUUUCUUGCAAUUGUCUCAUAUUUAAAACCUCAUAAAAAGGAUAUAAAGUUUAUCGAGAAUUUCCUCAACAAUUUACUUUUAAUUAAUACAAAAAUUUCUGAACGUCAAAUUGAUCCUACACCUAUACUCAUUUUAUUUCGAAUGUUAUUUAAUGAUGGGCAGCUUAAAUGUUUGGAAGAAAGGCCGGAUGAUUCAAUUAUUUUUUCAAAUUUUUAUAAAUUGAUUUAUAAGUUAGCUACAACCAAAGGAAAACCAAAAGUUAAAUUAGAAGCAGUUUCUGCUUUGGGUUGUUUACUUCAAUUACCAUCUGACAGUAAAUUGUAUAAAAAUUCGUUAAAUGCGCUUCUUUUCUCACUACAAACCUCCCCCUAUGCUGCAAUUCGAGAAAAAGUAGCCUCUCAAUUAUUCGAAGCUUUUAGUCUUUUAAUUGAGGAGGAAGAAGAAAAACAAAUUAAUUUAGCUUUGGAAUUAUUAGCACAAACAGAUUGGAGUAAAUGGGGGGAUGAAAAAAUGAAUAAUUCUUUUUUGGAAAUUAAAAGGAUUUUGAUAGGGAUUUAA